AUGGCUCCUCCGCUUCAGCCAGGCUGCAGCCGGCUUCCAGCUAGACGAGGCUGCCGAGUCGUAGAAGCAGCGGUCCUCAUGGCCGCCGCAAGCCUGAUCAUCAUGCAAGCUAGUGGCACACCAAAGGCCUUUGUGCAACCACAAGUCUCUGUCGGCGCCACGCCUGCAGCAAUGGUCAUGCAGGGUGCCUCGCCUCACAGCUCAGCGGGCUCAGCAGCUCUGACCAUGCCUUCUGUCCGCGGAUCAUCUUCCUAUGCGCUGGGCAUCGCUGGUUUCAGCCUGUUGCUCACCUAUGCCGCGCUGCGCCAGCAGGCGCAAGCUUCCACUCGGGUCGCGCAGCCUCGGGUGGUCCUGGCAGCCAUGCCACAGGAGAUUGAUCCUGUCAGGUCAUGGGCCCCUUCAGUGGUUGUGGAACCCGUGCCAUUGGACUUGCCGUCGCUUUGUCCAUCAGUCUGCGCCAAAGAGACGCUGAUGGAUGUGGACGUGGUUUUCAGGGAUGUGCCUAUCACCGUUGCGUCCCCACCAAGACUUGCCUCACCGACCGUGAACGCCUUAACCCAAUCAAUCCCUGCUGAGGAGAUGCCAUCGCAAAGAGGGCAGAGGGCUCGCUUCGUGGGUAGGGCGCGCCGCACGUCGCAGUCACAUCGCCGCAGCUCAAAAAAGACAGCGUGCCGUGCCAGCGUGAAACUGACGCCUGCGCUUACCGUGGUCCCACAGCCGCCAUCCUUCGAUGUCACCAGACUUCGGCUGAAGAUUCAAACUGGCUCAGGGCUACUGCGGUUGCUCCUGGACCAGACGGGCUCCCCAGAUGGGUGUGUUUACAAGGCAAACUCUGCUGGAGUGAUGGUUAGUGACAGCCGCUAUGAUAUGAAGAGAGGUGGGUGGUCGGUCAGCUUGUCCGACUUGGACAGCGGAAAGGAUGGUGUGAAUCUCGCCACGGAGCUGAAGAGGCGGCCCAACGUCGUCAUCAAGGUUUGCGAGAAAGCCCUUCAGGACUUAUACAGAGAGCAGUUCCUUACGGAGAAUGAUGGGUCUCAGAAGGCUCCGAUUAUUCAACUGAACAUCACAGAGGAUGUAAGUCUCGACAGCAAAGACUUGUCCACACGGCCAAAGAUGAUUCGAGAGCUGCGCCAUGAUCAGGUUGAGAAGCUCGUGAUCAUUCAGGGGAUCGUCGUGUCGGUUACUAACCCCCGAAGCAAGGUUCGCAAAGUGGUCCUGAGGUGUAGCAACUGCGAGAACGUGGAAGAGGUCUAUGUGGAGGGUGGCUUCACGGCAGCUCACGUUCCGGCGGCCUGCAAGGGCAACGCACUGCGUGCCGGGAACCUGGAAAGAUGCCCACCCAACUCAUUCGUAGCAGAUGCUUCGCUCAGCGAAUAUGCAUCAGACCAAAGGGUACGUUUACAGGAGCUACCAGAGCACGUACCGGUCGGAGAGAUGCCUCGGUCGAUUGACUUGUGUGCCCAGAUGUCAGAUGUAGAUCUGUGCACUCCCGGAACACGCCUCACUUGCAUUGGUGUUUUCAACGCUUCAGAGAAAGCGGUCGGAGACAAGUUGACCAGGGGCAGGAACCAGGGUACCAACACUGUCAAGUACUCGUAUGUCCAGGUCUUGGGCUUGCAGCGUGCACAGGGCAAUCGCUCACAGGGCGCUCUUGAGAUCAGCGCCGAGGAGGAGGAACGCUUUGACCAGCUUGCCAAGGACCCGGGCAUCAGAGAGAAGAUCUUCGAGUCAAUUGCUCCUGCUAUUUGUGCGACUGAGAAGGAUGUCAUCAACGAUGUGAAGAGGGCAGUCGCAUGCCUGCUUUUCGGAGGCUCGAGGAAGUAUUUGCCCAGCGGCAAUCGCCUCCGAGGCGACGUCAACGUCUUGCUUCUGGGUGAUCCUGGUACUGCCAAGAGCCAGAUACUCAAGUUUGCUGGGCAAGCAGCUCCUAUCUCAGUGUACACAAGUGGAAAGGGAAGCAGUGCUGCGGGUUUGACCGCAGCCAUCGUCAAGGACAGAAGUGGUUUUACCGUGGAAGGUGGGGCCAUGGUUCUUGCCGAUGGCGGCAUUGUGUGUAUCGACGAGUUUGACAAAAUGGAUGCCAAGGAUCGUGUGGCCAUCCACGAGGCCAUGGAGCAGCAAACCAUCUCCAUUUCCAAAGCUGGUAUAACCACAAUGCUGAACACUCGUUGCAGUGUGCUGGCUGCUGCGAACCCGCGAUUCGGUUCCUAUGAUGACCUGGCGGGUAGUGCCGACCAGAUGGACUUCGAAACCACAAUCUUGACGCGGUUUGACAUGAUGUUCCUGGUCAAGGAUGUCAGAGAUGCCGAAAAAGACUACACUCUUGCCAAGCACCUCAUUAGUUUGCACAAUGAAGGCCAGCAGGAGGAGAGAAAGGCCCCCUUCUCAGUGCAAGAGCUGCGAAAGUACAUCGCCUACUGCCGCUCCAAGUGCAGUCCUCGAUUGAAGCCCGAAGCCAAAGAGGUGUUGGUGAACCAUUACAUCACCAUCCGCAAAGCAAUGAAGUCAGAGCAGGCUGCGGUGCCCAUCACUGUCCGGCAGAUGGAAGCCAUUAUACGAAUCUCAGAAAGCCUGGCAAAGAUGGAGUUGAAGCAGGAUGCUGAUAUUAGUCACGUCGAAGAGGCGCUUCGCAUGUUCACCGUGUCCACCUUGGACUCAGCCAACAAAGACCGCAACAGCGGUGGCUUCGACGCCCUGGGUGAGGAUGAACAAAAGGCGCUGCAUGAAGCCGAGGAGGCUUCCCGUGUUUUUCAUACUGAUGGGUUUGGCUUGCAACCGCUGCUGUCGAAGCAGCUGCUGCCGCGUGGGCAUGUUCCACAGGUCUUUCUGUUGAGCUCCAACUUCUCCAAGAUAAUCAUGUCAUUCUUUAUACUGAUGUUUGGCAGCAGCCGAGAGCAAAUUACAGACAUGAUCCGCAACUGGAGUUUACGUGAUUCUGUAUUGAAAGCUGGGCUGCCUGCGAUAUUGUUCGCAAUGCAAGGUUGGCUGCUGCAAGUUGGCCAAGCACACAUUGAUUCCCUCAGCUUCAACCUGCUGAACCAGACAAAGACAUUGUCAGCAGCGCUUAUGUGCUACCUGCUGUUAGGCAAGAGGCAGUCACGAAUCCAGUGCUUUGCUCUGAUAUUGCUCUUCAUCUCAGCUUUGCUGCUGGGAAUGAAGGGAUGUGCCAGCUUCAAAGCUCACACUCGAAGGGACACUGCUGAUUCCUUCGUCUUUGGAAUUCUGCCAGUCGUCGUUGCAGCGCUCAGCUCUGGGCUGACGGCUGCCAUAACGCAGCGAACGUUGAAGGGCACGGCUGGACGGAACAGCUGGCUGUAUUCAAUGGAGCUGUCCAUGUGGGGUUCUGCUUGCCUCCUCGCAGGUGCGGGUCUUUCCAGAUUCUAG